ACGGAGGGGAGCAGCGCUGAAAUCCGCUUUUUGCCUGUUUGUUUGUUUGGGUUUGUUUUUUUUGUGUUGUUUUUUUUUUUUUUUUUUUUCCCUUUUAACCUUGCCUUCCCCCCCCCCCCCCCCCCUCCCGCCUCUUUUCCCUCAACUGGGGGGUGGGUCUCUCCUGGCCUCCCUCUUUCCCUCCCUCCUGCGCGGGCUGCUCCCUCCCCGUGGGGCGCAGGGAGGCGAGCCCGCCCGCCCGGGAUGCCAUGGCUCCGCCGGGCUCCGCGCUGCCCGCCUGCCUGCUGGGGCUGCUGCUGCUCGGCUGCCGCGGAGAUUUUGGCCAUUCCUCCGAGCUGGCAUUCGUUGUGGAGCCUAGCGAUGACAUAGCUGUGCAGGAGCAACCCUUGAUCCUCUACUGCCAGGUGGAGGGCAUCCAGCCCAUCACCAUCACAUGGCGGAAGAAUGGCGUGAUGAUCGUGGACAGUGAGAAUGCCUUUAUGUUGGCCAACGGGUCGCUCUACGUCUCCCGCUUCCAGAGGGUCCGGGGAGAUGGGUCCUCGGAUGAAGGCGAGUACGAUUGCACGGCACAAAACCACUACGGGCUGGUGGUGAGCCGGAAGGCGAAGAUUCAGGCGGCGACGAUGUCUGACUUCCACAUCCACCCUCAAAACGCAGUGGUGGAGGAAGGUGGUGUAGCGAGAUUCCAGUGCCAGAUCCACGGCUUGCCUGAACCAGUCAUCCUCUGGCAAAAGAAUCGCAUGCCGGUCAACACAGACAACGAAAGGUACACACUGCUUCCCAAAGGGGUCCUGCAGAUUACGGGACUGAGGGCAGAAGACAGUGGGAUUUUUCACUGCGUUGCUACCAAUAUUGCUAAUGUGAAGUUCAGCCGGGAGGCCAGACUUACCGUGUCAGGCUCCCAUUCCACUGUUUACAAGGACCCCAUGAUUCUCGUCGGUCCAGAGAACCUCACGCUGACGGUGCACCAGACCGCUGUGCUGGAGUGCAUUGCAACAGGCAACCCCCGGCCCAUCGUCUCCUGGAGCCGCCUAGACGGCCGCCCGAUCGGUGUGGAGGGGAUCCAGGUGCUGGGGACAGGAAAUCUCAUGAUCUCGGACCUCACCGUGCAGCAUUCUGGCAUCUACGUGUGCGCCGCGAACAAACCCGGCACUCGGGUGCGCAGGACGGCGCAGGGCAGGCUCGUUGUACAAGCCCCCGCAGAGUUUGUGCAGCAUCCCCAGUCCAUUUCCAGGCCUGUGGGGACUACUGCCAUCUUCACGUGCGUGGCCCAAGGGGAACCACCCCCCCAGAUCACUUGGCUGAGGAACGGGCAGAUCCUGGAGACCAGCGACCACAUCAAGCUGAAGAAUAACAACAGCACGCUCUCCAUCUACGGGAUCAACCAGGCGGAUGAAGCCAUCUACCAGUGCAUCGCCGAGAACAGCGCCGGCUCCACGCAGGCCAGCGCUCGCCUGACGGUCCUGUGGGCAGAUGGGCUGCCCGGUCCUCCGCAGAGCGUGAAGGCUGAAACAGUCUCUGCAACCACCAUCCAAGUGUCUUGGGAAGAGCCUCUGCAGAACACCAAGGAGAUCAUCGGCUACGUGCUGCACAUUCGGAAAGCUGCAGAUCCUGUAGAGAUGGAGUAUCAGGAGGCUGUUAGCAAGAGCACCUUCCAGCAGCUAGUGACUGAUUUAGAGCCCUCGACCAGCUAUAGCUUCUAUAUAAAGGCUUACACCUCCCGGGGUGCCAGCAAAGCCUCAGAAGUCACAGUGGUGAGCACGCUGGGAGAAGUCCCAGCCAUGCCAUCCCUCUUUAUUAAAGUCAUUAACAGCACUGCCAUCCAGGCUACGUGGGAGCCCUCCAUCAAACUGGGCCAGCACGAAGGCUUCAAGCUGUAUUACCGCAAAGUCCACCUCUCCCACUACACAGGUCCAGUGCUACUGCCCAGCAACGUGACAGCGUACAACAUUACCCACCUGGAUGCGUCGGUGGUGUAUGAAGUCAAGCUCCUCGCCUAUAACCAGCACGGGGAUGGAAAUUCCACUGUCCGCUUCGUGUCCUUGAGGGAGACCGUGGAGAGGACAGUGCUGAAUCCCCCGUGCGACUGCAUGAAGGACGAGCAGAACAACAAAACUUCCACGACCGGCAUCAUCAUUGGGAUCCACAUCGGCGUCACGUGCAUCAUAUUCUGCGUCCUUUUCCUCAUGUUUGGGUACAGAGGAAGGCUGCUGAUGUGCAAAAACGUGCAGGAGCAGCUGUCAACCCCGCAGAUCCCCAGGAGUCAGCGGAGCACCGCGGGCCUCGUCCUGAACGGGGCCACUCGCAGGGACAGGGACGAGCGGGACUUGAAUGGAAAGCAGCUGGACAUGAACGAGCUGGAGAGGUUGUUCCCAGCACCCGCGUCCCAGGAGCAGCAGGAUAAGGGAAUAACGUUGGCUCACAGCCCGCCGGCCACCCACACCACCACCCAGCUAUCCGCACUCCCUCUGGAUGAGUUCAGCAUCAUCGAGGAGCGGCCAGACCCCCUCCCGAAAAGCCCCCGCGGCGGCAGCCCUGCUGCUCCGGCUCCCGACCACGGUGCCGCCAAUGAAGGAUAAAACUGCCAAGACUCGAACCCUCUUGUAGGAGUUACCAGAAACCAAACCCACGGCUGGUGAUGUCUUUACAACGAGUCGUCAAUCUCAGGUCAAUUGAAGAUUUCUACGGUCUGAUUGUUAUUUUUUUGUUUUGCUUUAUUUUUAUAUAUAUAUAUAAAUAUAUAUAUAUGUAUACAGCCUUUUGGAAACUCUGUGAAGUUUAUCUUUCUGACCUCUCUCGGGCAUCUCGAUGUGUUUCUUCCGAUGACAGCUUUAUCGAGACUGGUCACGAUGAAUUUUCCCCACAGCUGCUAAGUAAAAGACUCCCUGGCAGAGUUUGGCGAAUUCUCCCAUCUCUGACAGACUGGGGAUAUGGUGGAGCCUCCUUCUCUUGGCAUCCCAGACUUUUUCCUGAUCAGCAGCUUUAGGACUACUUUUUGGAUCUAUUUUUUAUUUCCAGAAGACUGGAUUCGGAGAAAUCCUUCUAACUUGACUCCAAAAAUCGAGGCCCGGGAAGGCUGUCUCUCCGUGGAUUUGAUGAUUUUGUACACUUUCACUAUUUCUCAGGAUACUUUUUUUGCUGAUUGACUCUAAAUAAUAUGAAAAAAAGAAAAGAAAAAAAAAAAAAAAAAAAAAAAGAGUGUGUGUGUCAAAGGAUGCCUGAGGGCUACUGAAAGACUUGGACAGACAACCCGAGUGAACUCAGAACCUACCUCAACCGGAAUGAAUGUCUUCUGGGAAGCAGAAAUACCUGCGUCUUCCUUCGUGUUCAAAAAACAAGUAGCGUAGCACUUGGUCAGUACAAGUUUGGUCCUACCUCAGCAGUCACGCUCUGUACCUGCCGCCUUGGUGGUUUUGUUGUCGUCGUUCCCAUGUAAAGCACUUCCAAACCUUUGAAAGCAAUGUUCUACCUCAAGCGUGCUAGAAACUCGUGUGUGUGUGGGUGUGUGUGCGUCUCCGUCCUCUCCUCUCCCCCAAUUCCUGCCUCUCCCACCCAGCCCCACGCGAAGCAAGAUGCUUCACUAGUGUUAUGAGCUUUACUUCUAGGCACGUAGCGGGGCUCCGGUGUGAUUUCUGCGUGGCGGAGAUUCGUGUCAUGGUUUUCUACUUUAAAGAUUGUUGGGGCCGUCACAGGCACGCGGCUUGAUGCCCCAUGGUUCUCGAUGCACCGUCGCUCUUGCAGGGCUGAUUUGGGUGCUGGUGGUGGCUGCUUGGGUCCAUCCUGGGUGUAUUCGGGAUGGAGCGGGGCGCACGGGAUGCUCGGAUGCCAGCGCUGGGGGCCAGGGCACCCUCCUGCCCCAUCAGCGUGCCGCUCCCCAAGGCUGCUUCUCAGCAGGAUGAGUUACAGCACGUGCCAGCACGAGCAGCAGAACGCACCCCUGGGAGGUGGCAACCUGGCUGUCACCGUCUUGUCCCUUCAAAGCCCAGCCUGCCAGCAGGAGCCCCUAUGGGGGGGACCCUGAUACAGCACUUCCCAAACCUCUUGAGAUGCUACUGAGCUGCCCCCAGUGCAUUUCCAGCUAGCAGGAGAUCACGCAAAGAGCGAGCUGAGCCGAAAAGGGCUCCCUUCCCUGGGAGGGAUGAAGCGAGGAGGGCUCCCGGGCAGCGAUGCAGAGCGGGGCUCCGUGCCAGAGGAUGCUGGGGGGCUGCUGGCAGCCCCCCGUUCCCCAUGCCCAGGGUGGGCAGAGGAGCUCCGACACCAAAGAGAGGGUUUGUGUGUGACCCCCCACCACCACCACCACCACCUCCAGAGACCAAGCACCAACCUGCCACCGUGGUUUUCGGGUUUUCCUGGUGUGGUGCAGCCUUGUGAGUCGCUGUGUGACCGGUGUCAUCCGUGGGGUGGGAUGGGGACAUGAAUGGGGCACAGGGACGUCGGCCAGCCGGUGCCGGAGGGCAGCCCUUUCCCCGCGGCGCGGGUUGGUGAAAACCGGGUGAAUGUGUAGGUUUGAACUCUUUAUAUAGGUGGUGGUAAAUCAAUUUGCAAGGACAGGUGAAAGGAAUCAGGAAAGGAAAUGAGUUUAAGUUUAAAAAAGUAAUAAUUGUAUUUUUUUAAAUGGUACCAGUGGGAGAGUCCCUUGUGUCAGAAAUGUCCCCCAUCACCUUCCCAUUUGGCAACGGGAUGCUACCGAUAAUUGUGUAAAUAAUACAAUAUACAGGACGAUCAGGCAAACAUCUCUUCCCCCCACUGCUGUGUCCUGGGGCUGGGCUGGGCUAGCUGUGAGCAGGACUCUGUCCUUCCAGAUCAAAUCAUCCAGCUUGGCCCUAGCAGAUGGAAUCACAUUGACCUCGAGAGCAAGGAGCUGUUGAGGCUCGGUGUUCGUAGUCCCCUCCCAUUAAAAUUCCUCCUCCUCUUGGCAACUUGCAGGAGAGAAAAAAAGUGAAGGGGUAAACUUACGUAUCAAACCCUCACAUAGCUUCUCCCCACCCCACCAAAGAGGCCAUCAGACUGAUUCCUGCUCACAUCUACCGCGGGGGGAUGCGCCUUCCCGCGCGGUGCUGGACCUGGAGGUGGCCUGGGAAGGGACCGCGGGGGACAGCGCUGGUGGCACCACGCAAGACCAGUAACACAGCCCAGCCCAGCGUGGGAGCUGGAGGAUGCUGGGGCUUGGAAAGGGCAGGAGGGAGGAAGAGAUGCCAAAUGGUUUGAGUUAUAACCUCACAUCAAAGAAAUCCCAAUCUCCUCCUGCCAUCCCGCUCCAGCUCAGCUUUUCUUUCCUUUUUUUUUUUUUUUUUUUUAUUUUUAUUAUUUUGUGUGUGUAACGCCGACGUUCACAUUGAAUAAGUACUGUUGCCAAAGUGAACACAGAAUUUAGACUAGCUUUCGGCUCAGACUUCCUGGAGCUGUGAACAUGCUAUUAAUUUAAUAUCAUAUUAUUGUGAUAUUGUAAUAGUAACAAGUAUUUGUCACUACUUCCUUUUAUUAAAGGGAAAUGCUGUGCCAUUUGACUAGUUGAAAUACAAUAGUAUGUCAAGAAUAGAGCUUUUUCUUUUUUUUUUUUUUUUAAUUAUGCAGAAAUGUGAGGGCUUAAACCAAUGCAGGUUAUGUGUUGGUUUGAGACGGUUGAAGAUGGAUGUAAAUCUUUAAAGACUAUUUUUUAGAUGGUUAGCUUUUCCUCUUUUUUGGGGUUUCUUUUCUGCUCUUGUCAAUCCGUACCACUGGGACCUAACGUAGACGGUUGUGGCACAUCAGCCCCCGAAGGGAUGAGGCUGAAGUCUGGAGAUCCAGCAGGAGGACGUGGUCUUCCCUGAAUUAUCCAAGCCUCCCAAGUCCACAAAAUUGGGCAAAAACCCCCUCAAAGUGGCACAUUCUGGCUUUGUGCUGUGGAGUACCUCUAGCAGCUACUUAGCUGGAGGUGACACGUAACAGCCCCUUUUGCCGUUCACUGAUGCCUGAGCCAGGCUGGAGGCAAAACUGUGUCGAUCAAAAACUUGGGAAAACAUCACCUGGAGUACGUCUAGCCUUUAAUCUGUAAAACAAGAAGGAAAAAAGAAGUGAAAAAAAAAAAAGAGCUUGUGUUUGGCUUCAGCAUGGGGGACAGCUUCAGGUCUGUCCUUAGUUCAUCCAAACUGCUGCCCUGUAUUUGAGUGAAACAGCUAGAUUUUUGUUCUGUGCUUGGGGCACGAUUGUACUUGGGUAGACGUGUUGUACUUGGCUACACGUUGUACUUGGCUACACGUUGUACUUGGAUACACUUUGUACUUGGGUUCAUGUUGUACUUGGGUACACGUACUGGGGUACACGUUGUACUUGGGUUCAUGCUGUACUUGGGUAGACAUGUUGUACUUGGCUAUACGUUGUACUUGGGUACACGUGUUGUACUUGGCUAUACGUUGUACUUGGGUACACGUUGUACUUGGGUAGACAUGUUGUACUUGGGUACAUGUUGUACUUGGGUAGAUUUAGGACUGCAGGUCCCCAUGUGCUGCCGGUCGUUUGGAUGCAGUUUUACAGGCGUCAAAAAUGCUCAAGUCUUCCAUGAUGCCGUAUCUGUUUUCAUGGCAUCAGAGGCCUCUUCAAAAGAAUCACCUUCAGGCGUAGGCCAGGUUGUUGAUUGACCAGGAGCAUUUCUACUCUUGGAGCAUGUCCCCGUGCCUCUGGUGGCAGCUGCUGUGGCAGCAUCCCAGGAGGGACGAGCCCUCCAGAGCCUUGAGGCAAAGCUCUGCUGCAGCCACGACGCAAACCCACCGGCCACCAAACCCACCCCUCGGGGCCAGAAAUGGGAUGGGGGGGAUGCGUCUGUGGGGCGGUGCCAUAGCAAAGGGUUCCAGGCAUUGUUUUAAGUACCCAGACCAGAGGGCCAGACCAGCCAGACUGUCCCAGGGUCGUUAUCGGUGCCUUGCACCGUCCUUGCCCACGUGCCAGAGAUCAGGUAAUGGCAGGUGUUCCCUUCGUCCCGAUAAUUCAUUUAUACACCUCAAAUAUUUAAGCAACAGCUUGCCAGAUUUCUUAUUUCUUUCUUUUUGUCCCCCUUCUCUUGAUGGGAGGAAUCAGAGUUUUAUCCAGAGAUCAAACUGCUGGAAAACCAGCAGGUGUGGGAUCCAGCACAAGCCACUGGCAACUGCCCGCGUUUGGGGUAGGAAUUUCAUCCUCUAGUAUUUUUCCAAGCAUAUAAUUCCACUAAUUCAACUUGAUGCCUUUUCUGGGCAGAUCCAAAAAAACCCUCUUGCUUUUCUGGCUGUGGUGAGAUGAACUUACAGCAAGGAAUAAAGUAUCCAAAACCUGAUUUUUUUUUUUUUUUUUUUGUAACCCAUAAUGGGCACAACCUAUUCUUGGAGCUCUCAAGUUUACCAGAGAUGGCUGCUACCUCAGGGAUAGUAUCCACAUUGUCUUUAGUUGAACAGGGAAUAGUUUUAUGCUGUGACAGGGUAUUUUCAUGCUGUUGGAUUCAGGUAUUUAUUUGUCUACCGUAUUUUUCUUCUUCCUUGUUUUGUAAAGAUGCUGAUGUAUUUAAGUGCUGGACCAGUUUGGGAAUUUUAAAGCUUCCACCCAGAAUUAUACCAAGGGACUGUAUGUUUUAAGUUGGCAAUAAAAGCGGAGAGAAGCUGUGAAGCGGUGUUGCUUCUGGAUGAUGAAGGGAAGGUUUUCGCUGCCCGUGGAGGUAUUCCUCUGGGACAACCAUCCCAGGGCAUUUCAGGGGGAUUGAUGCAGUGGCUGAGCCCUCUCUGAGCUGACUGACAGCACUUAAAUCUGGGAAGAUCAGUUAAAAAAAGGAAAUUAAAAGCUUAUGAAAACAAACGGCAGCGGCAUGGGGGUUUGCUCCUUAGUUACUUCAUCUGUGCAAACAGCAUUUGGAAAUCUAUCCCUCCCUGUGCUGCGCCAGUGAAGGCAGAUUAAAGAUCCUAUCUAGCAACCUGAUGCCUGCUCAUUUAUUUCCCUCACCCGCCAAAUUAAAAAAAAAAAAAAAAAAAGGAAAGGAAAGGGACGGUGCUUGGGCUGGAGCUGCGGGCGGGGAGGUGGUGACGUGUGAAGCACCAGCAUCAGCCUCGGCACCAAAACCCACCGUACCGCUGGAAAUCAGGGCAACGACUCCGGGUUUCCUCUGGGAGCAGAGUCUGAGCCUCAGCGGCGGGUAGCAAGAAGGGACGGGGCCGGUGCAAAGCCCAGCGACUUGGGGAAAAGCCUGAUUUCAUGGGGCUUUGGAUCAGGGUCUUACUUACAAAGCAAAGAGGGAUUUUUACUUUGAUCGUAUUUCCAUCAGUUAAACUUUGCAAUAUCUUUACUUCUGUAAUAAAGACAAUGCUAAACCUUUGUCCCAGUCCUCUUCGGGAAUCAACCGUUAAGAGUAAUAUUAAAAACCCAAAUUGCAAAGCACUUUUCUACUGUUUAUUUUCUACGUUUCUUACUUUGAACUGUCUUGAUAUUUGAAAUCCCACUGAUCCUACGAUUGUUAGCUCUGUAUAAAAAAAAAAAAAAAAUAAAAUAAAACCCAGGUUUUUUUUGUAGUUUGCUCUGUUUAGAUUUUAGCCUGUGGCUACUUGUACAAGAAAAAUAAAGCUAGAGUAAAUGAGCUCAA